AUGACAAAGUCACUUCUUGCACUCGUUUCUCUCGCCUGUAUGGCAUGCGCCUCUCCCGUUCCAGACGCAGAGCCUCAAGUCUCUCCUAGGCAAAUCUCUUUGCCUCCAUUGAUUCCCUCCAUUCCUGGUGUCACUGAGCCUUUGACGAGCGACCUCUCCAUACCUUUGCCUAUCCUUCAAAUUCCUACCCCACCCCUUCCUAGCCCCCCAUUCCAGGCAAGUGAUAUCAAGCCAAAGAAGAUUGGCUACUUCUGGACUGGUGCUGGUGACAAUAUCCAUGCGGAUUUCUUGGCCACAUACAGUCUCGACGAUGAUACUUUCGGGACACUCCUCUGGAUCACAGAUGUUCCUACCAGUGGAAACAGCCCUCAUCAUCUUGGUCCCAGCAAGGACGGAAAGACACUUGACACCGCUUACUACUUCGACGUCUCAAACCCAUACAGACCAUCGUUCAAAAAGAGUGACCGAGCUAUUCUCGCAUCCAUCACAGAUGAAAUUCGUGCCAAGCCAGAUGGGGGCUUCUUCAUUACCUAUAUGGGCUCUGCUCUUGGAACGAGCCCCGGAAGAUUGGUGGAAACAGAUGCAGACUACAACAUCAUCCACCAAUGGCCCGAGGAUGUCGCUGGCACACUCAACAUUCUGGGCGAGCAAUUCUCCCCUCACGGUCUAAGUGUCCACUGGGAAAAGAACGUCAUAUUGACAUCGGACUUCGUUGUCCCUAUCACCAUCUUGAAGCCAAGCUUGGGAAUCGAACACGCCAACACUCUCCGCUUAUGGGAUCUCCCGACCCGAACCAUCAUCAGCACGAUUGAGAUCCCUGACGGUGGUGGAAUUCAAGACAUCAAGUUCAUCCCCAAUAACUCCGAGGGCGCGGCUCUCGCAACAGCAGUACAUCUAGGCCAAGUCUGGAUCAUCUACCCCUUCCGCUACGACUCUACGGGAAAACAAGGUGUCGCCGAGCUACUCUACGAUCUUGGACCCAAGGCCCGUGAUACCAUCGCUAUCUACUCCGACAUCACCCAAGACGGAAAUUUCAUCUACCUAACCCUCACCACCGCCAACCACAUCGCAGCCCUCGACAUUUCCGACCUCUCCAACGUCAAGCGUCUCGACGACCCCGACGAAGUGCAGCCUAGCGUCGGCCCGCACUACAUCAAGAUCACUCCGGACCAGAAACACAUCGUCGUCACAGAUUAUUUCGUGCAGACGGGCGACAUCGGCCUCAUCAAUACCCCUGCCGAUUUCAAGGCGCUGUACAUCGACAUCAACCCCGAUGGCUCGCUGCACUUUAACCGCACGAUUGACUUUGAGUCGGAGUAUGCGGAGAGUAGAGGGGGCGCGAAGCCGCAUAGUAGUGUUGUGUUUGAUUUGACAGAUCCGGCGAAUCCUCUUUAUUAUUAG